CCUGCAGCACUCUCCUCUCGCCGAAGCUGAACAUGUCGAGCUCUUACAGAAACAGGAUCCAGGAAUUCAAGGUGGCUUUGGGUGAGGAGAAGAUUGACCUGAAGGCGCUACGGGAGCUCUGCUUUGGCGGAAUUCCAUUUGAGGGGGGGAUCCGUUCUUUGUGCUGGAAGAUUUUGUUGAACUACCUGCCCCUGGACCAGACACUAUGGGACUCUUUCCUGAAAAAGCAGAGGGAGCUGUACGCCCAGUUCCUGAAGGAGAUGAUCAUCCAGCCGGGAAUAGCCAAAGCCAACCUGGGCCUGUCCAGAGAGGACGUGACCAUGGAGGAUCACCCUCUGAACCCAAAUCCUGAGAGCCGAUGGAACAAUUACUUCAAGGACAAUGAGGUUCUGCUACAGAUUGAUAAAGAUGUUAGACGGUUGUACCCAGACAUGGCGUUCUUCCAGAGGCCCACUGAAUUUCCCUGCCAGCUGAUCCUGGACCCCCAAAACGAGUAUGAAACCCUCCGCCGACGUGUGGAGCAAACUACACUUAAAGCACAAACUGUCGACCGCAACCGCAGUGGAGUCACUAAUGUGAGCUCCCCGGGGAAGGCUCUGAACCUGUACCCCUCUAACGAGUACGAGGUGCUGCCGAACGGCUGUGAGGCGCACUGGGAGGUGGUGGAGCGGAUCCUGUUCAUCUACGCCAAGCUGAACCCCGGCAUCGCCUACGUUCAGGGCAUGAACGAAAUCGUAGGACCUAUUUACUACACCUUCGCCACGGACCCCAACAAAGAGUGGAAAGAGCAUGCAGAGGCAGACACGUUCUUCUGUUUCACCAACCUGAUGUCAGAGAACCGGGACAAUUUCAUCAAGAGCCUGGACGACUCGCAGUGCGGAAUAACAUAUAAGAUGGAGAGUGUCUUCUCCAUGCUCAAAGAGAAGGAUGUGGAGCUCUACAUGAAGCUGCAAGAGCAGAACAUAAAGCCACAGUACUUCACUUUCCGCUGGCUUACUCUGCUGCUCUCUCAGGAGUUCCUGCUGCCGGAUGUUAUCCGGAUCUGGGAUUCACUCUUUUCUGAUCAGGAUCGCUUUGACUUCCUCAUCCUCGUCUGCUGCGCCAUGUUAACUUUGAUCCGGGAUCAGUUGCUAGCAGGUGACUUUACAAUGAACAUGAGAUUACUCCAGGAUUACCCCAUAUCUGACGUACACACCAUCCUGAUGAAGGCCAAGGAGCUGCAGGACAGCUCGUAGCCGCCACAGGGCGCUCCAGGGAGAGUAACCAUGGUAACCGGUAACCAGGAUGACAGCGGUGCCCCGUUGCACCCUGGGAGGGGAGGGAUGCCACCUUUGCCAUUGCAAUUAAAGAGAACUUUAAGCCUCGGGCUGUCCCUCUCACAGUCAGACAGCGUUUGUGGUGGGUGGGGAGCAGCAGAGAGAGGGGGGCGACAGGGGGGGUUCCAGCUUUUUAUUGCACUGAACACUUGAAAAAUCAAACAUAUACAUGGAGCAAUGUAAACAACAACACUCACUAAACAGAGGCAAAGUCCUUAAGUGUCCAUACGUACGAAACACUCCGUAAACUCCAAAAAAAUGUGGCUUCUUUUCUUCUUUCUCAGAUUUGAAAUGAAGGGUUAUUUUCCAGGUGUUUCUUAAUUUUGAUUGUUUUUUUAUCAACCCAAGGUAUUUGUUAUGAUCUUUUCUCUCUAUUUUUCUCCUUCUUAUUAUUUUUCUUUUUGGAACAAUUUACAGAGGUGUGCGUUUUUCUUCGGUUUUGUUGUUUCAUCGUGGCUGUACUCGUGUGCUUGGAGAGAAGAAGCGUUUAAGGGGUUUGAACGCAGGGGCUGUGCCUUUUUUUUCUCUCCAAGAUAGGAGCUGCCAGAUAAACGACACCACAAACACACAACACAAAGUGCUCUUCUCGUGUCAGACAGGGAGUGGAGACGUUUAUGCUAGCCUGCACAGCCAAGCCUAUAUUACUGGAAGCCAACACUAUCUCCACAGCAAUAGGGUUUAUUAUUAGUAGUAUUAUUAUUAUUAUUAUUUUUAACACAUCCAUGAUUUCACCAUUCACGUUCACUGUGUCACUGAAGUGAAUCACUAUUGUUUUACUGCAUGCAUGUGGCCAGUGUGCUGUUGUUUUUAUCAUUUCUCUCUGGUUCUGUAGCUGUUAUAGAUGAAUAUGGCUCAUAAUAUAAACCAGACAUGAAUCAACAAGCUAAGCAUGUCAGCCUGUAGUGAACUAACGUUUGCUUUUAGUCUCAGUGUUUACUAAUCGCCUACUAAUCACAGUCAUGCGUUACUGUAUACAGUAAGGCCUGAUUUGAGCUGCUUCAGCAUUGUUAUUGGACGAUGCAGGUUAACAGCACCGUCUUUCUUACCAUCCUGUUGUCUUCGAUGAUUGUCUGCAAGACAGCAAAAGAAUGUUUACAGUCUGUUUUAUGUACAUCCCGUCAUAAUUGAUCUAUCCAUGCUCUACCCACAAAUGCCGUGGACAGUCUUAACUGAAUGCUGGCAAAAAUCCUAUUUAACCUAAUUAGAGACUGUAGUGCACAUUGGAGUCGCAACGUAAUGCUGAGUUCGCAGUUUAAAAUGCUCCCGAGCUCUGCUUUAGCUGUUACACACCUGAAAGGUCUGCAUCUAUCCCAACACACGUGUUCACGCACACACAGUCAGUCGUAUGCAAAAGUUUGGGCACCCCUGGUCAAAUGAUGUUGUGUUGAUUUUCUAAGUGAAAGUAAGUUAACACAUCCUCUAUAGAGAACACACUGCUGUACAUUUUAACAUUCAACCUCAAAUAUCAACCAAUUAGUCUAACAUGAACUUGUUUUGUACAAGAAAUUAGCACAUAAUGGUGGCAAAUUAAGCAUAAUGUGUCUGCAGUGUGUUCUUUUUUUUAAGCUUGCGAGUGGACCAUUGUAUUUUGUUUAUUCUUUAUUCUUUAUUUGGAUCCCUAUUAGCUUGGUUGCUAGUCUUCCUGGGUUCCACGCAAGAGCAGUUACAAUAAAAACAUCUUUAAAAUCAUCCUGUAUCAUAAACGAGACAAAAAAACAAACAAAACUCAAGAAUAAAUCUAGUACAUCAA